CGCCGCGAGCGCGCGCCGACGCGCGCGUCGACUCGCGAACGUCGACGCGGUGACUAUGGCGAUGGACGAUCGCGCGCCGUUGCUUCCGGAGCGCGCGCGCGACGUGGAGACGGCGUCGGGAAGCGGACGACGGGGCCGACGCGAUGGCGCCGGGACGCGCGCGCGCGACGUCGCGCGCGCGGUCGGGGACGCGUACGAACGGGCGAAGCGACGCGCGGAUGCGAUCGUCGGCGCGUGCGAGCGCGAAGAGGUGUGCGAGGGACGGACGCGGCGGGUGCGGACGAUGGCGGCGGUGACGCUGGGCGCGAUGGUGAUCUGCGCGGCGGGCGCGACGACGACGUCUGCUUCGCCGCGCGGCGUCGCGAGACUUGGGAGCGCCGGUGGUGAUUGGACGAGCGAAUUGAUACGUAACAACGCGCUGGAUGUGCGGAAGUUGGAUUUCGGGUCGUUCCAAUCGGACGUCGUGCGCGAGGUGCACCCCGACCGCACGGGCGGGUUGGCCAAGCGUUGGGCGCAAGAGUACGAUCAAGUGACGCAGCCGGAGAUUGCGUACGAUCCUCACUUUGGGCAGCACCGCGUAUCGCUGAUCAACCAUCGCGCCAGCGCCGCGAUAGGGACGUCGCAGGCGGCUGUGCCUUCGCCGGUGCCAGUCGCGCCCGCGCGCUUACAAACGCCCGCGGCGCUGCCGGCGGCGACAGUGGUGGCGCCGAAGAAUGCGGAUUUCGUCGGUGAUUUCGUGGGUGAUAUAGUUAAUUUGGUCAAGCAAGGGAGCAUCGAGAAGCAAUACGAGGACGCACCAGAUCUGGGGAAAACCAGUAAACCGAGUGAUGACAUUUCGCUGGCGGACUUGAUGGUUGACGCCGACCAUGCGGAGAAGCACAAAACGGGGAAAUCGUGGGUGCGAGACGAACCCAAGGCGAAGACCGUCGAACACAACUCGCAUGACAAAGAGUCGAGUUCGAAAGGUAAAGAAACACACGUCAAACAUGUCGAGAAGCCGACCAAGAAGUCAACCAUGAAGUCGACUGUUAAACGCUCCGAGGCUGAUGAUUCGCGUUUGAAAUCGUCUCACGCGUCGUCGAAGAAGUCGAACAAGUUGGACUCGAUGGUGUUCAACGAGUUGAGCUUCAACCGAAAGAAGAAGCCCUCGUCGCUCAAGGAGCGCGUGCAAUCACACCUCGAUCGCUUGAUGACGCGAGCACGCGGUAGCGGCUCACGCGACGAGAGAUCUUCGCGCGGAAGUGGCAAGCUUAAGCAAUACCCGCACCACAUUCACGACGUGGAUGAAAACGACGCCAACGACGUCAACGUGUUUUACAAGCAGAAGGAUUUGCUAGAUUUGGGGGAAUACGAUCAAGAUACGAUCGACGACUUUAAAUAUGGGCGUGGACUGACGCCUCGAGGCGGGAGCGGGCGUUUGGACGGGCUUACGGUUGACACGAACAUUGACAUUUCCAACUAUCCCGCGACGGAUGGCACGCACGCGUAUCCGAGUCGAUCCGCGAAGACUGGUAAGCACGAGGAGGAGAAUGUGGACAUGGAUGACUUGAUGUCUUCGCUGCAAGUGACGUCAAAAGACGCGAGUAAACACGUCGAGCAUAGAAAGCGCGAUCGAGCUACGGAAACUAAGAAGAAACCGUCGGCGAAGGCGUCCAGGUUGAGCGACGAUGAUUGGUCCGACGCGCCGCCGUCGACAUCAAAGCAGUCACCGCACAAGUCGAAGAAGGCGAGCGCGUUGAGCGACGAUGAUUGGUCGGACGAACCGGAAAAAUCGAAAAAGACUGCGGCACACUCGUCAUCGUCGGCGUCAACGAACAAGAAGGCAUCGACGAAAUCAAAGUCUUUGGACUGGAACGACGCGCCGGAGCCAACGGUGAAGGCAUCGACGCACACUGAGUCUCGCUCAUCCGACAUAUCUGGCGCGAAGGUUGGCAAAAUGUCUGAAGCCGCAGCGGCAAAGUACCUGUCGAAGGUUAAAGGUCACAAUGAAAAGACGCACGAAAAACUUAGACGCUCGAUUCCGAAAUUAGGUGUCGAAGAAGAGGUCAACGAUGCGUACGACGCCAUCGACGAAGACUCGGAGGAGGAUGGGCACAACAUUCGCCACGAAAACGUCGCGAAAGUCGUUGAAGCUGCGGAGAUGCAAAACGAAGCUUCUGGUUCUGGGAUCCCGCGCGAGGCUGCGUUAGGGCGGAAGCAAUCCGAGCGUCGUGGAUUGCAACCGGCGACGACCGAAGAAUUGCAACAAGGUGGCGCGUGGAGAAAAGUGUUCAACAAAGUGUUCCACGGAAACCACGGAAACCGCGGAUACGAAAAGGCAAGGGAGCAAAUCUUUAGUUCGGACGAGCAAUAG